AAAAAAGAACCGUUUACACAUUUCCUUUGCGUUCCCCUGAUCACCGAGUCUUCAAGACCCCAGCUUGUCAAAUCUCUAAAUCUAUUUCGAGAGCAAACCCAGCGGUCAUGGUGGACGCAAAUUCCCUCAGAAGCAAUUCGACCCGUUGAUACCUUGCACCUCACGCUGGGAAUGAUGACCCUAAAGGACGAUGAGCAAAUUUCUGAAGCGAAGAACUUCCUGGACGGCUUUCCAAUUGGCCAUCUAUGGUCCGAUCUAUUUGGGUCCGCCGAACGUUCAGCAUCCGAAGCAGAAGCAAAUAGCCCGCCCAAUUCUGGAGGGGACCCUCCGUUGGUGGUAUCACUUCGCGGAUUACAUGCUAUGCAGAAACCGAAUGCCACUACAGUCCUCUACGCAGCUCCGUAUGACCCAGCGGACCGCCUAUAUAGAUACUGCCAGGCCAUCCAAAAGAAAAUGAUGGAAGCAGGCCGGAUAGCCAACGAAAACCGUCCCUUGAAGUUGCACGCAACGGUGGUCAAUACCAUUUAUGCUCGCAACGGUGGUCGAGCGGGUGGCAAAGUAGCUUCUCAGGAUAGAAGCACAGGCGGGCCAAUGGCCAGCAAGAAUGAGGAUGAAGAACCCGAAUCCUCCGCGGAAGUCGAUGGGAAACCACUAGUGAACACGCAGAAAGACAGCGGGACUCCCAAGUCACGGCACAAUCGCCCGAUCCAGUUGGAUGCAACUGGGUGGAUAGAACGAUACAAAGACCACGUGUGGGUGGAAGAUAUCAGCUUACAGAAGCUCUCCGUCUACAAAAUGGGAGCUACAAAAGUU